ACACGAAAAAAAAAAAAGAAGAAAAAAGCAACAUCCUCUUGCUUUUUUUUUUUUUUUUUUUUUUUUUAAAAAACUAAUAAUAUUGUACUCUCUCUUUUAGCUCAUAGAUUUUGGUAGUUAAGUGAAAGUCAGGAUGCUGGAAGGCAAGGCAAUAAUUGGAGACACAGACAUGCUCGCAACCAUGCAACGAGAUGCCUUAGAUUUAGCUGCAAAGGCUCUUGAUUUUUUCGAUGUCACUGAGGCCACUGAAAUUGCCCGCUACCUUAAAAAGGAAUUUGAUACGAUGUAUGGACCGGGUUGGCAAUGCAUAGUAGGGACUGACUUUGGUUCAUUUGUAACUCAUUGCUAUGGUUGUUUCAUCCAUUUUUACAUUGGCAGCCUUGCCAUUUUGCUCUUCAAAGGCUCAGCUGCCCUGGAGGACGCCAAAGCUGAGGCUGACCGAUUUUCCGCUCUGCAGGAAAUAGCGUGAAGUCGCACGCCACUCAGCCAUAUCUCCAAGUUGUUGAUCAGAAUAGAAUUGGACGGGCUGAGCGUGAUGUCACUUCUCCAUUUUACCAUUCUCAGCCAGGACCUACUCCAAUGUACAAUAUUAGGAAAAGAUGGAAAAAAAUAUAUUAGGAUCUUCCAAAGUUUUUCCGAUUAAUUAUUUUCGGUUUAUCUCUUACCAUUUUGGUUUACAAGUUAUAUAUGUCCAUUCUCUUUGGUCAUGAUCAUUAUAGUUUUGCUUUAUGAUUUUGA